UGCGCUUUAGAGGGUAACGACCCAUAAGGACCUACCACAGUGCGAGAGACAGAGACUAGCUGAACUUCGAUCACAGUAUCUGUUACAUGCAAAGUUGAAAAGACAUUAUUCUAGAUACAAAACACCUAGGGAGAAAGCGGCCGUCCAAAAUACAGGAAAGGCCUGUUUUAAGACGUGAAGUAUUGUAACACCUCCGGACGCUACACACUCCAGACCAGCAGGUGGCGGUAAGUCGUCCGCUGUUUGCAGGCAACACGCCGAAAAAAAAGCCAGACUAAGGUCUGCAAGACAGAUGUGCUGAUAAAGGUCUGCAUCGCUGAACUGGGCUCGGCAGCAGUGGAUCUUUCCCCCCUCCCCUCAAAUAUCUGUCACCCCAGGAUCUGCACUUUGCAUGAAAUGGAGAACACGGUGAGAGAGAGUGAUCCAGGAAGAGUGAGCGGACAGGAGUGCAGCCGUGGGGCUGGAGGGGAAGAUGGGGGUGUUGAAACACAGUCUGAUGGGUGCGUUACACCAGAAAGGAAUGCACUGACCCCCGAAGGAGUGAUGUCAGAAGACACGGAACAAGAGCCCAACCAGGAUUCGAUGCAGGACAUGGAGCUCAUCCAGAGCCAGCCAUCCAGCCCUGGAGACCCGGAAUGUGGAACCGACCUCGAAGAUUCCGGUUCUGCUGAGGAGAACGAGGAUGACGUUGACAAUGCCGAGAACAUGCAGCUCAGCAUCAUUAAGUGCGAGUUUAACGAGAGGCUGGUGGACGAGCAUGCAGACCCAGAAGGUGCUGAUUACGAGGGUGAGAGCUCAGCCGAGCCCAGUGAGCAAGCAGAAGAUCUGAAGGAGGAGUCCGCCAUCCAUCUGGACGUGGAGGAGACCCGCGGGCACAUCUGCCCCCACUGUGGGAGGUUCUUCAGGCGCGCGGCGAACCUCAUGAAACACUAUGAGACCCACGAGGAGAACGACCCUGCGUCGUGCAGCUAUAUUUGCGUCGACUGUGGGAAGAGCUUUCCCCAGGCGAGCAAGCUGAGGAGACACCAGCACGUCCACGCCGCCGACAAGACCUACCCCUGCACAGACUGCGAGAAGACCUUCAAGAACCCGAGCCACCUCAAGUCCCACCGACGAGUCCACAUGGAACUGAGACCUUACAGCUGCCCGCAGUGCGGUAAGACCUUCAGGACGGCGGUGAUUUUAAGGAGCCACCAGCAGAUACACUCGUCGGAGAAACCAUUCAGCUGCACCCACUGUGACAAGAGCUUCACCCGCAAGUCGUACCUGAGGACACACCUCCGGAUUCAUUCCGACGAGAAUCCAUUCAAGUGUGCCCAGUGUGGGAAGGCUUUUCCUUACGGACCCAAACUGGAGAUUCACCUGCGGAUUCACACGGGCGAGAAGCCCUUCAAGUGCGCCCAGUGUGGCAGGAGUUUCGCCCAAUCCGGCGACCUCAAGUCGCACCAGCGGACUCACUCGGGCGAGAGGCCGUACGGGUGCCACGAGUGCGGCAAGCGCUUCUCCUUCGCCUGUAACCUAAAGACGCACCUGAGGAUCCAUUCAGGAGAGAAGCCGUACACCUGCUCCUUCUGCGGGAAGAGCUUCAGCGAUGCCUCCCAUUUCCGGAAGCAUCAGCAGCAGCACUCGGGCGACAAGCCGGUCAUCUGCGAGGUUUGCGGCAAGAGCUUCUCCGACGUGGCCAAAUUUAACAAUCACAAGAGGGUGCACUCGGGAGAGAAACCGUUCACCUGCGCCCAGUGCGGCAUGAGCUUCGCCCAGCAGUCGGACCUCGGAAGACACCGGAAAACGCACACGGGAGAACGGCUGCACCACUGUGCUCAGUGCGGAAAGAGCUACGCCCGGGCGUCGGGGCUGAAGAUGCACCAGCGGAUUCACGCAGAAGCUGGGAGAUGGUCAUCUCUCACCCAGAAAGAAACUGGACUAUUUAAACUGACACCAUUUAAAACUGAGGCUGCCUACCCCAAUUAGGAAGUAUGCUGGAGAAGAUUGCAUAAUGUGCAAGGAAAUAAACGAUUAAAACCAAGUAGGUAAGUAUUUAAUGUGUUCAUGGGACCUGCAUGGUUACGUUUAAUCUGUGUUGAGUUCACAGUCACAUGCUCUUUGUGACGGCUGAUAAUCUUGAUUUUAAACACUACAUGACUGGAUUUAGCUCAAAGACAGCUGUUGUAUAACACUACGUUUAGUGCAAGGAUGCAAAGUGUCUUUAUUCAGCAUUAAUGACAUGUUUGGUUCCUGUGGUGAAACACAGAUCAGUACCUGUAACAGCAGCCUAUUGGAAUGUGUGCCACCAGCGAAAUAUUCCCUCUCCUGUAUAUUUAGGCCACAGAUGUUCAGUUUUUACAUUUUUGUAUUAUGUAAUGUCUAGAGAUUUGUAGUUUUUUGUUACGUACAUAUAUAUAAAAAAUAUAUAUAAUAGAUUGUGUAUUUACACUGCAGAUUUUCAUUACAUUUCACCAAAAGAGAUGUACAACUGUUAGGUACAUUUUUUGAAAGACGACAAAAGUAUGAUUUAAUACCUAAGGGUUAAAUGUCACAAUUGCCUGUAUAUAUUUUUUGGAGUUUUUCAUUUGCAGGUAAUCAAUUUCAGAAAAAGAUGGUGUUCUCUGCAAAAAAUAUUUUUUUAUGUUUAAUGUAAAACAAAACAAAAAACCUAGCGUUCCCCUCGUCAUUUAUGUCUUUGGUAAGUUUCACGGGGCAGAACGGUGACCCGGCGGGUCACAGUGUAGCGUCACACCUUCAGGGUUGGGGGCUUCGAUCCCAGCCCUGGCUGUGUGUAUGUUUGUAUAUGUGUGUGAGAGAGAGUGUGUGUGUGAGAGAUACGUUGACAUUCUCUCUGGAUGGAUGGAAAAGUAAAUUUCCUUGCUUUUCUGUUCACAAAUUGGCAAAUGAUAUACCUCAGCAGUAAGCCCAUCAGGGGUGCCUGGUGGCUCAGUGGGUAGCCCCGGGGCUCGAGCCCCGACACCACUGUGUCACUGCAGCGUGCCCCUCCACCUCCACAGGUUACCUCUGGGUACUUCGGUUUCCUCCUGCACUCCAAAGACAUGCACUUAGGCAAAUUAGCAUCCUGACAUUGCCCAUGCUGUGGGACCAUGUUUGUGAACCUGCUGUGUGUUGGACUGGCAUCCCAUCCAGAAUUUGUUCCUGCAUUGUGCAUUAUGCUGCCAGGGAAAGGUUCCAGGCCCCCAACACAACCCUCUAGUGGACAAGCCAUUGGAAAAUUGAUGAUGGAAAAAAAUCCCAUUAAUAAAUGGUAUUGUCAAUUUAGGGAA